GAUAAUUAAAUUACUGAUAGGAAAAUCAGUGCUGUCCUCAAAAUGUACAAAAUGGCCGUGAAUUUAGUUUUGUUUUGUCUGGCAUUGUUUAUUGUGAACGUUUACAGUGACAUUCUGUGUGAGACCGGUUUUUGUGAGCGUCAUAUUAGACAAAAUCCCUGCGCAGAACCAGCUCCAGACUGCGAUCUAAACAAUGGCACACAUUCUGGAAUUUGGCUGCCUUCGCCAACACUAUGCAACUGUUGCAAAUUCUGUCUCCCGAUGUAUAAUAAAGGAGCUGUGUGUAGUAUUGGAGGACCUGGUACAGGCAUAACUGUGGGCAGAUGUGGGGAAGGUCUUACCUGUGACAACACAACCAGAGUGUGUGUACGAAUGAAGACGAAAUGCCAUGACGCUCAAGACGACUACGACGCUCGUGAAGCCCGCUCCCAGACCGGUUUCACUGAAGUUCGGCCCGAAUGUGAUGAUAAAGGAAAGUUCUUAUCCUACGUCUGCGUGCCUUCACAGACAUGUUUCUGUCAAUCCGAAGACGGCGAGAGGAUUUUCGGUGAAGUGGCCAACACCGGAAGCGUAUCGAUGCCUUGCAGAUGUUCAAGAAUGUUCCACAAAAUCCAGAAAACCAUUUCCAAUAGCGUUCCCUACCCAGUCGUAACAUUGCGAUGUACAUCCGACGGCAACUUCAACCCGGUACAAUGCUUUGACAGGAAAUGUCAUUGUGUUGAUAAAAUAACUGGGAUCAAGACUGGCACAGAAGUCAUAGAUUUGGAUGAGAAAGCGAUUACGGAUUUGCCAUGUUAUGAAGCUGAUUUGGAUCUUUUUCGUCCGAGAAACGUAUCCCAGCGUCCAUUCCAAUACACGACGCCAUGCUACGAGAGCGUCAACGAAAGGCGGCAACUGAUAGACCAAAGUAAAAAAGAUGGUUAUAAUGUUGACUAUUUCUCAAGUUUCACUUCCAUCAACUGCUUACCUGACGGGACGUUCGGACGGACAUUAAUAAAUUCAAAUGGAACAAAAGUAUGUAUUAAUGAACGGAAUGCUAGGAUUGGAAAUUUCGAAGCGAGAAUAAAUACGCCCGAAUAUGAUGACAUGGAUUGCAAAUGCGCGAUAACAUCGUCUCUAAUGAGUUCGUCGGAGCUUCCCCGCUGUUGCUCCAACGGUAACUUCCGUCCAAUACAAUGUCGACGUGGCAGCUGCUACUGUGUGGACUCUGACGGUCGACAGGAAGGGAUGCAAACCGCUGACAUCAGCAGUCUGCCUUGUUACACGGCUAACUGGAGAAAUUGUUGAUGAAUUUUUUUAUAGCAUUACCUUAGUGAUUCGAAAAAUACACAUAUUGAAAUUAAAAACUAAUAAUUAAAUUAAAUAAAUUGUUUUCAAACUUUUAAAAUGA